GGCUGGCUCUAAUCCGCCCUCCGCUCUUCUCCUAGGCAGCCUCUCCCCCUCCGCCGAUUGCCUUGCAGACACACCUCUCCAAACGGAGCCUCCUGCUCGCCUCUUCUCGUCCAGCGCCAGGUGGCUUUUCCACGGCUUCCUGGAAGAGGCACCGUCGCGCUUUCUUAACAAGAUGGGAAAUCGCCGGCGGCUGUUGCUGAUUUCCAACUCCACCCGCUACGGAGGAGGCUAUCUCGACCACUGCCAGGAACAGAUCAAGACCUUCUUGGGGGCGCAGGUGAGGAAAAUUCUGUUUGUCCCCUAUGCUCUUCAUGACCAAGCUGCAUAUGCUACACUGGCAAGGGAGAAGCUGGAAAGUUUAGGCUACGGACUAGACAGUAUCCAUGAAUCAAGCGAUCCAAGAGAAGCUGUAAAAAAAGCUGAGGCAAUAUUCAUUGGUGGUGGCAAUACUUUUCGUCUUUUGAAAGCACUUUAUGACAACGAUUUGAUACGGCCAAUCAGAAAACGAGUUCUUGAGGAUGGUAUCCCAUACAUUGGAUCCAGUGCAGGAACCAACGUAGCAACCAUCAGCAUCAACACAACUAAUGAUAUGCCCAUUGUGUAUCCACCUUCUUUGACAGCUCUCCAAUUGGUUCCUUUCAAUAUCAACCCACAUUACUUGGACCCAGAUGUUAAUAGCACUCAUAUGGGGGAAACUCGUGAAAAAAGGAUUAUGCAGUACCAUGAAGAACCAGAUACACCUCCAGUGCUAGGCUUACGUGAAGGAUCGUUGCUGCUUGUGGAAGAAAACAAAGCUACCCUGCAAGGGGAAACUGGGGCUCGGCUAUUUGUGAGAGGAAGUGCCCCAACGGAACAUGAGCAUGGAACAGAUUUCAGUUUCCUGUUAACAGAGGGCUUCAAGAUAGUGUAAUUAUUUUUCCAAGAGUCCUCUCCUAUGCAGGAUUGUGCUCCUCAAAACGGCUAGGAAAAAAAUGCCAUAUAUUAGAAGGCCUGGGGAUAGGCUGCCAUACUGAUCACCUCUUUCCACAGCUUAAUGGCAGUCUUUUGCAACGGAAAAAUUGAGUUCUGGAAAAUACUAAUAAAGAGUUAAUUAUAAAUGAA